GAAACUAGGCUGGCCGCUGCAACGAAGCGGCACAAACCACCAUGCAGCUUGUGUUAUGGGCAGUGGGAUUAAGCACGCUGUUCCUACAAGACUUCUUGAAUGUAGCCGGUGUAACAGCAAGGAUUCAGGGGCUGCAUCCGAGACAAGCUAAACUCCUGGACGUCCUGAGCGAGUACGAGAUAGUGACUCCAACCCGGGUGAACGAGUUCGGAGAGCCCUUCCCUGCCAAGGUCCACUUUCAAAGGACGAAGCGGAGCCUGCCUUUGGACCCCGAGUCCCCCUGGGGCCUGGAUGCUACCUCCUCCCCCUCCUCUUCCAACACCAGCCAAGCCCACUACAAGCUCUCAGCUUUCGGGCAGCACUUUUUCUUCAAUCUGACAGCCCAGUCGGGAUUUAUUGCCCCUCUCUUCACUGUUAGCUUCCUCGGAGAGCCGGGGAUUAACCAAACGAACUUUUACCCCGAAGAGGAGAGCGAUAUUAAGCACUGCUUUUACAGAGGCCAUGUCAAUACGAAGCCCCAACAUACUGCCGUGAUCAGCCUCUGUUCUGGGAUGCUAGGCACAUUCAGGUCACAUGAUGGAGACUAUUUCGUAGAACCACUAUUGACAUCUGCCCAGCAAGAAUAUGAAGAAGAGCAUACGAAGCCACACGUGGUCUACAGACACAGAGUACCUCCAACGGACCCUCCAAGGGACAGACAGACCUGUGACACUUCAGGGCAUGUAAAAAAUCACAGAAAGUUCAAGAGGAAAAGCAGGACCAGCCAGUGGCCCCCAGCUAGCAUAUUAUCUGAUAUAGAAGCGUUGAAACACAGCAUAACCUCACAACAGUUUCCUGCAUCCAGCAACAAGACUGGUAACACAAGGGGGGAAAAUGGUCACCGAAGAACCAAGCGAUUCCUCUCCUAUCCUCGAUUUGUGGAGGUUAUGGUGGUGGCAGAUAGCCGAAUGGUCGCUUACCAUGGAUCAAAUCUACAGCACUACAUUUUGACGCUGAUGUCAAUAGUAGCUUCGAUAUACAAAGACCCAAGCAUUGGAAAUUUAAUUAAUAUUGUUAUUGUGAAAUUAGUCGUCAUACAUAACGAGCAGGAUGGACCAUCGAUAUCUUACAAUGCCCAGACAACAUUAAAAAACUUCUGCCAGUGGCAACAGACUCAGAACCAUCCGAAUGAGCACCACCCAGCCAAGCAUGACACUGCCGUACUAGUGACAAGACAGGAUAUUUGUAGAGCUCAAGACAAAUGUGAUACUUUAGGUCUGGCUGAACUGGGUACAGUCUGUGAUCCAUAUCGGAGCUGUUCGAUUAGUGAAGACAGUGGCCUAAGUACAGCUUUUACGAUUGCCCAUGAACUUGGCCAUGUCUUCAACAUGCCUCAUGAUGACAACAAUAAAUGCAAAGAAGAUGGCGGGAAGAACCAGCAGCAUGUUAUGGCUCCCACCCUGAACUAUAACACUAACCCUUGGAUGUGGUCAAAAUGUAGCCGGAAAUACAUCACUGAAUUUCUAGACACGGGUUAUGGAGAGUGCUUGCUUGACGAACCUUCAUCGAGAAUGUACACUUUGCCUCAGCAACUUCCAGGAUACAUUUAUGAUGUCAAUAAGCAAUGUGAGUUAAUUUUUGGGCCUGGAGCUAAGGUUUGCCCAUAUAUGCAGAAGCAGUGCAGGAGACUUUGGUGCAUCAAUGCUGAUGGAGCACACAAGGGAUGUCGCACUCAACACACACCGUGGGCUGAUGGGACGGAAUGUGGCCAAGGAAAG